AUGUCAUCCAAUGAAAUGUUCAAUGAUAGAUACUCGAUGUCACCAUCUUAUAAAGAUCUUGUUAUUGAUUUUUGGAAUACAAUUAAUUGGUAUUAUUCAAAUGAUGAGAAGAUAUCAUCAAAAACAGUCGUGUCGAACUCAAUUCAAUCGUUUAGUUUUAAUUGUUUUGAUAUUUUUAGUAUUAUUUUCAUUGCAUUUUUAUUUACAUAUAUACGAUAUGCAUUUGGAUCAAUUGUAUCUUUGAAAACUAUCAAACAAUUUCAAUUGACAGUUCCAAAUGAGAAGAAAUUUUGUGAAUCCGCAUGGAAAUUACUUUUUUAUACUUUGGCAUGGUCUUAUUGUUUCUAUUUAGUUAAAUAUCAAUAUAAUUAUUUCGAUGAACCAUAUUUAGUUUGGGAUAAUUGGUCAGCUGGCAUGUUAGUUCCAUUUAAUAUUAAAAUUAUUUAUUUUAUUCAAUGUGGUUUUUAUUUUCAUUCAAUUUAUGCAACACUUUAUUUAGAUUCGAGACGACAUGACUUUUAUAUUAUGAUUCUUCAUCAUGUUGUUACUGCAACACUUAUUUUUGUUUCUUAUGCAAUACGUUAUCAUAGAAUUGGUUUAUUAGUACUUUGUUGUCAUGAUAUUGCUGAUAUUUGGCUUGAAUUAUCAAAAACUGUGCGGUAUCUUAAUACACGACAAAAUAAUCGAUGGGAACAAGCUUCUUACAUUAGUUUUUCUAUGCUUAUCGUCUGUUGGUUUAUCUUUCGAUUGUAUUGGUUUCCUUUAAAAGUUCUCUAUUCAACUGGAGUUGUUGCUGUUUAUCGUACUUUAGAUCAAGGUCUUCAUCUUUAUUUACCAUUUAAUAUUCUUCUUUGGAUAUUAUUUAUUCUAAAUAUUUAUUGGUUUUUUUUGAUACUCAAAGUACUUCAGAAUGCACUCUUUGGGUCUUUAAAUCAAUCAGGUGAUUGCAGAGAAGAUGAUGAAGAAAAAUUAUCACCAUCAAAUAGCGCUGAUUUACAGAAAAAACGAACGAAUUAA